AUGAAUCCCAUCUCUUCCUUGGACACCCAGCCCACCCGCCCAACCAGCACAUCUAUCCACAGAGAGCACUGCGCCCAGUGUUCAUCCCUCUGCAAAUUGGACGGUGAAAUCCUCGAAGCCCAAUCAACGGUCGAUCGAUUAGAGUUUGAGGUCUGCGAAAACAAAUCACGCCUUGAACGAUUACUCGGCGAGCGCAAGGCGAUGAAGGCGAAGCUGAAUGCAGUACAUGACAGGCUCACAAGGAAGCUCCCUCUGGAGUUGAUAGCCAGGAUCUUCAGAUUCUGUAUGCCAGACGAUGAUGGCAGCAUCUCUCCUCGAAAUUCCAAGAAGAAGGGCAAGAACAAAGUCACACUUCCUCCCAUGCCUUUACUUUUAGGAUCUAUCAGCAAAAUGUGGCAGGACAUUGCAUGGUCGAUACCGCACCUCUGGACCUGCAUGACCGUAUAUCUCAGAUCAACCUACGAUCCUUGCCAGCUAGAUGCAGCGAGCGCAUGGCUCGCACGCUCGAAGGUGCUCCCUCUAUCGGUGCACAUCAAGACUGUUGCGUCUCGAAAGGGAUCAAAGGGUCCUGACCCUAUCAUCGAACUCAUAAAUCAACACUCCUCGCGCUGGAGAAAGUUAACUCUCGCCGAAGUCACUGCAUCAUUGGUUUCCCAAGUCCGGGGCGACGGCACAGGAGCUCCUGCUUUACAAACCCUGUACAUCGCGACAGUGACGACGUCCUCUCGAAGAGUCCCCCAACAGUUCGUCCUCGACAACGUGCUUCCCUCGCCGGCCAAAAUCGACGUGCGUGGAUUCUCGUUCAGCGCCACGAAGAUCAACUGGGCGAACGCUACGCACAUCCGGCUCGGAGGGUUGUGUGUCGCAGAAUGCGUCACACUAUUCCGAACAGCUCGGGGGAUGGUUGAAUGCCAGCUGGAGGAGGCCUUGUCACAGAACGAAAUUGCACACCCAAACCAAAUCCCCGAUGAACCCAUCGUCCACCACCUACUCUCGCUCAACGUCGCCAGCGGCAGCGUGGAUCUUUUGUCCAGGUUCCUCUAUCUCCCUUCUCUCACCACACUGUCAUAUAAGCAUACUGGAACGGACGACAUCGAGGACGACAUCGAGGCCGUGCGCCUUUCCCUCGACCGCUGGGGGUGUCAUCUCACCGUGCUCUGCUUGGAGGGGAUCAGGAUAAGGCAAGCGGAUCUCAUCCAGCUCUUGGGGAAGCCACCCUUCCCCCUCCUCGAAUCGCUCUCCCUCGUUCGGUUUACUGUGGAUCACCACUUUCUCGGCCUCCUGCACCCAAAAUCGCAGUGCGUCGCAGCACAGCAUGUACAAAGCAGCAGCAGCAGCAGCAGCAGCAGCGACAGCGAAAACCAUUUUCUCCCUCGCCUUCGUUCGCUGUCAUUCCACGUAUCAAGCGAUUGCACUAAUUUCUCCUGGAAGGCCGUACUCUCCCUCUUCCCUAUACAUAGACCAACGAGACUCGGAGAGUCAGAGUCAGAGAGGGAGGAUGGGCAUGUUGCUCCCCGGCGCCGGCUGCCAACCUUGCAGCAUCUAGGGAUUACCUUGGACUCAGGGCGUGCAGCUAGGAUAGUUCGUGGCUAUAGCAGCGAUCUCCUCAGAAUUGCGGAUAGCGGUCAAGCUGACCUCUCGCUCACAGUGCCUGAAGGUAACCGGGACCUUAUCAAGGAGUUCAAGGAGGCCCAAAGCGCAAGCAGCGCGAGGAAGCCUAAAUAUUCUUCUUUGGUUGGUCUCAUCUAA